AAUUUUCUAUAAAUGUACAAUUUAACUAAUCCUAUUUAAUGUAAAUGUGUGAUCCCAUGGUCAUUUUAUUGACAUUCACACAACUCUUAUGAUAUCAAGCGUCAACUACAAAAAAGUAAAGAUUCACAUAACCACUUUCCAAAACGAAGAUACAAAGUCCAAAACCAAAAUGGACAAAGAGAAAUGCAAACAUAGUCUCAUAAACGCUGCCAAUAGAAGAUUUAUUUGUGCCAUGUGUUUAAAUUCAAAUAAUACACACAAUUGUAACGAAGAUCAUGGGAAAAUAGCAAGACCUUGUCCUAUAUGUCGUAAAAAGUACGAUAACAUUAAUAAAAGAAGUUGUGAUCACACCAAAGUGGAUAAAAAAGAUACAGUGAUUCACACUUAUGAUCAUAGCAAAGAAUGCAGUCUGAGUACUAAUCUAAAAGACAAAUCAAACGCUGAUAAUAAACAUAGUGAUAAAAGAAAUGAGAUUAAUGAAAGGAAUAUGAAAACAAAGAUUCUGAGCACAAAAAUUGUUCAAACGUCUCAAACUGACCUGACCCAAGAUCUCAGUUUACUAAAAGAGGUCCUAACAGUCUUUCAGAGUAAAAAGCUUGAUAUCAAAAGUAAUAACAGUAAAACAGUUGUAAUGAAAGAUGUAUCAGUAGCUACUGAGAGUCAAUCGAAAAUCGACCUUAAGCCAAAGCUCACAAUGAGCAGAAUAUUCCAACUCUCAAUCGAUGAAACUAGCAACAACAAUGGGAAUAAUUUCAAAAUAGUAAAUUAUUCUCAACCUACUAACGCGAAAUCUUCUCACUUUUCAAUAGACUUAAUAAAACACAAAUCUUCAUCGAUUCCUCAAAUGAAAGUGGAAGAAUUGAAGUAUUCUUUGAAAGAGAAGACGAAAUCGAAAGACGCCAUCGAAGAAGUGAACAGAAUGUUCGCGACUGUACGACGACAUCAAAUGUCAAAAAAUCUAGAUGACCCUAAUCGACCUCUGAUUAGAAACGGACCUAGGGUAUUGCCAGUUGUAAAAACUAACACUUAUCAAGAAAACACAAAAGAAAACUCUGAUAGUGAGUUGGAAAAUAAACCAGUUGAUACAGCAAUUUGCAAGUGUUGCCAGACUAAUGAUUUGCAGCUGUCGGCAGGAGAUUCCAUUUUCAAACACGAAUGUUGCUAUCAUAAAAUGCUGCAGGAAGGGAAAUGCGAGAAAUGUGUUUAUAUGCUGUGUUGCCAUUAUCAGAAUCAUAGCAAAGUUGAGGCAGGGGCACUAAUAUGUGAACAUUAUAGAAACCCUUCCGAAGAAAAACAAGGAAAUGCAAAUGGAGGAUGCAAUCAUUGUGAGCAUUUUUAA